AUGAGGAUAUUUCUGGUGGCUUGCUGGGACUGUGGUGAGUUUUGUCCCCACCACUUGCGGCGCUGGCGGCAGUACCACGUGACGGGCUUAAAACUAGCACCAUCUAGCGACUUCACGGGGAAAAAGAAUAAUAUAACAUACAAUGAAAAAGAUUACGAUGAUCAGUAUAAACUGCCGCAGAUUGCUGCGAAAUUAUCCGGGAUUCGCAUAAACUGCGACGACAGCAAAUUCCUGAGGCUUUUCUGUAUCUCCUAUUAUUGGAUGUCGUUUACUCUCUGUUUGAUGGGCACUUCUAACAUGACGAUAACAUUUCUCAAAUCUCGCACAUUCGAGGAUCUUGUUGUUGUGAUGCCUUGUGUUGGGUUUGUCGCUGUUGCUUCAUCGAAAUCGUAUAAAAUAGUCCGCAAUAGAGCGGUAUUUGAAUACAUUAUUUCUGAACUAAAGGAAAUGUGGCCGAAGGGAGAAAUGUCUGAAGACAAACAGAAUAUUGUUCGUAACAUGAUGAAACAAAUGAAUAUCGUUGUAAAAGGCUACUUCUGGUGCAACAUGGCUCUUAUAUUUUUCUACAAUUUCCCUCCAUAUUUUCAAAUCAUUAAACGGUUGUUUGGAUUGGACGCACCUUUAGUCCUGGCUUUCAAAUACGUAUUACCAUUCGACGAAUAUCAACUGAAAGCGUAUCCAUUCAUCCUUUUUGUUCAAACUAAUGCAUGUAUGAGCAUAGUAUUCUUCAUGCUAGCAAGUGACCUUCUAUUCUUCGUCUUUCUAAGUAACAUCACACUACAGUUCGACUUAUUAUCACUUAGAAUACAGAAGAUGAUAUACGUGCCUACAGAUGAUCAACUUAUCAAAGAUUUUCCUUUAGGUAAAUAUAGCGAAGCUUUCCGUAAAAAUGAGCCGCAGUUAGAAUCUUUAACAGCAGCAGAAUGGGAGAAAAAGCAUUUGAACGAAAUAAGAGAUAUUGUUAUUCGCCACCAAGCUCUAAUACGGAUAUCAAGCGAAGUAGAAAAUAUGUUUAAUUUCUCUAUGUUGGUGAACUUCAUGAACAGUUCCAUUAUAAUAUGUUUCUGUGGCAUUUGCAUCGUUUAUCUGGAAAAAUGGAAUGAAUUAAAAUUUAAGAUGUUUCUGUCAUCUUCUAUGACGCAAAUAUGGUUGUUGUGCUGGUAUGGGCAGAGCUUACUUGAUUCAAGCAAGGAAGUCGCAAACGCUCUAUAUGAGAGCGGGUGGUACAACGUCUCAAAGAGAAUCAAAAGCUUGAUUCUUAUCAUGCUUCAUAGAUCACAACAUGAAGUGUACGUAACCACAUACGGAUUUUCUAUUAUUUCCUUAGAAAGCUAUACCACGAUCAUUAAAACAUCGUGGUCCUAUUUCACGCUUUUGAUAAACACUUAUAAUCCAUGAUUUUUUCAAAGAAAUAGGUAUUAUGAAAACUUGACGUUUUCUUAAAAUAAUACCGCCUCUACAAUCACUCUCAUGCACUUUUUUAAUCACCGAAAC